AAAGAUAACACGCAAUCUAAAUAUGCAUGUCCUACUUAGAUUUCUGUCGAGGUAGCAAAAUAGUGGCCAGGUGGUCGCAUUACAGUUUUAAAACCCUUCCAGCAAUGAGCAAGAGAUCCGCGUGAUACCAUUAGUCAUGGAGAUGCACACCAUUGAGAAAUUACAGUCGGAUCAAACUUUUGUCAGCUCCGACGAUGAUGCGCCUGUUGAAUACCAACUGGAGGAAAAAUUUGAAGACGGUCGCAUGGGAAACUCGGAAGAAGUGUCCUUGCUCUAUCCUCUAGACAAAUGUCCCCCCGUGGCUGUUACCAUCAUUUUAGCUAUUCAGCAAGUGGUGAUGUGCAUCACGGGCACGAUGUCGCUGCCGUUAAUACUGAGCGGGCUGCUUUGUCAAGAGGACAACUACGAACUGCUGGCGGAGUUACAGAGCACCGCCAUCUUUGUGUCUGGCUUGGUGUCGGUGUUACAGUGCACCAUAGGGAUACGACUUCCCAUUAUCCAAGGAGGAAGCCAUUCCUUUGUGGCGCCGAUGAUCGCCAUGUUGUCUCUGGAGAGGUUCAGGUGUCCGGAAACACCAGAAGCAACCCUGAUGGCCAACACAACGUUAGGAAAUUUGUCGUCUGCUCGGGACGCCAUGUCUGAUGUGCAGUGGCAGGACCGCUUGAAUGUCGUACAAGGAAGUCUCAUGGUGGCGUCUAUUGUACAGAUAUUCCUUGGGUGCACAGGCGCCAUUGGUUUUCUACUGCAAUACAUUGGACCCCUCACAAUCGCUCCUACCAUCACUAUGAUUGGACUGUCUCUCUUCUCCGUGGUGUAUAAAUAUUCUCAGGCACACUGGGGAAUGUGGGCACUCUCUUGUGCCAUUGUAUUCAUCAGUGGAGUAUAUUUGAGGAAGAUACAAGUACCAUUUGUGUGGUGGUCUCGUAAGGAAAAAUGCCGCAAAGUGUCCUGUUAUUUAUUCGUGUUACUACCGGUUGUAUUCAGUAUCGUCAUCACGUGGCUAGCGUGCUGGAUUCUCACGGCCACCGGCUCUCUGCCAGAUGACCCGAAGGCCGUACAGUACAAAGCGCGCACUGACGCAGGAUUGGUAGGGAUUCGGAACGCUAAGUGGUUCUUCUUUCCAUAUCCAGGACAGUAUGGUACACCAGUCAUAAACGCUGGCGGCGUGUUUGGUAUGAUAGCAGGAACAUUGGCAUCUGUCGUGGAGUCGGUAGGAGAUUACUACGCCGCGGCCAAGCUAUGUCAGGUGCCAGCACCCCCAGCACACGCCGUGAACCGAGGCAUGUUGGUGGAGGGGCUGGGAAGCGUCCUCUCCGGCUCCCUGGGGAUGGGGCACGGCACAACAUCGUAUAGCAAUAACGUCGGUGUGAUAGGAAUUACCAAGGUCGCCAGCCGGCGAGUGUACCAAGUGGCAGGGAUCAUGAUGGUGUGUAUGGGCGUUAUAGGCAAGGUGGGGGCCGCUUUGGCCGCUAUACCCUUACCAAUCCAGGGCGGUGUUUUAACCAUUGGACUUUCCUUUGUGGUGUCCGUGGGGAUCUCCAACGUUACGUAUAUUGAUAUAAGAUCGGCCAGAAAUAUGUCCAUUUUGGGCUUUUCUUUGAUGUGUGGGUUCGUCGUGCCAGAAUGGGCAAAGCAGAACACCGAUGCUAUAAAAACAGGGGUGGACGGACUGGAUGCUGUUAUCACAGUGUUUUUAACAACGCCGAUGUUUCUCAGCGGUGCGCUGGGGUUCUUCCUAGACAACACUAUUCCAGGCACAAAAGCCGAGAGGGGCAUAGGAAAAUGGCACGAAGAGGUCUUUGCGAAUGCACAAAAUCCCGAAGGUUAUGACGAUCCGAAAACCAAAGAAUAUGAAGUUUACAGCAUUCCAUAUAUAACUCCGUACUUGGAAAAAAUAACGUGUUGCUCAAACAUCCCCUUCAUGCCAAGUUUCGACUCGGAAAGGAUAAAAUGUAGAAAUAAAUGCAAGUGUAGGCGCUCUAAGAUGGUCGUAUGAUAGAAAAAAAAACCCUGUGCUAUUACACGUACACGUCUCAUAAUCAGUCCAUGGGGUUGGUUGCAUGUGAUCGCUUUUACAUAAAAAGAAAACAAAUCGAAAUUGAAAGGUGAUUGUAACUUGCAGUUCUAAUUUGGUGAAACUUUAUGGGCUUAAAAACCAGUCACAAAAGUGACAUAUUUUAACACGUGAAAAUUAAUAUUAUAUUUUGGAGGGUAGCAAAUGUACAAACAAACAAAUAAACAGUGAAUGAAUGAAAA